UUAUCUUUGCAGUGAGACUGUGACAGUCAGAGAGAGUCACACAAGAGACAACAAUGGCGGUCAAGAACAAGAAGAAGAAGAUGGUCCUUAAGACAGUAUCUGUCGUAGACAUCGGAUGCGGCAACUGUAAGUUCCCAAACUUGUCAUCUUUUUUCAACCCUUUCCCCAAAAAGCAUCGCCUCUCUUCUAGCUACGGCCACCACUGCCACUCCACCACCACCGCCUCCUCUUCCGCUAUUCCCUCAACCACCCAUUGGUUCUCUGACAACACCUCUUCCUCCUCCGCCACACCCUCCGCCGCUGUAGCCGUAGAGAAAGACUCCGACGACCCUUACCUUGACUUCAGGCAGUCUAUGCUUCAGAUGAUUCUCGAGAACGAGAUUUACUCCAAAGACGAUCUUAGAGAGCUUCUCAACUGCUUUCUCUCACUCAACGAGCCUUACCAUCACGGCAUCAUCAUCCGCGCUUUCUCUGAAAUAUGGGAAGGAGUUUUCUCCGCCGCGGUCAAACGCCGUGGAGCCGUCCAAGAGUCUCCGCUCGUCCGUCAUCAUGGGCCAUCACGUGCGUCACGUGGUUACAAUAAUCUCUACCACCGAUCGACGUAAAAUGUAACUCGGGUUGUUAGUUAGGGGAUGUAAUAACUCUUUUAACUAAGUAUGAUGCCACGUUACCAAUAAUAUAUUGACACGUUGCCUAUCCAUUUUACCUGCUACCGAUGUGUCAAUAUAUUAUUGGGUUUGUGCUUUUUAACUACUUUGAGCAUGUAUUAAUGGAGGGUUAUCUUAGCUUUGGGAUUUUCUUGUUUGUCUUUGAACCAAGUGUAACAACUAAGAUCUGUUUUAAC